AUGAGCUAUAAUCAUUUGUUCAAAAUUGUUGUUGUUGGUGAUCACAACUGUGGAAAAUCGUGCAUUCUUCUUCGUUUCGCUGAAAAUACGUUCCGGUGCAAUCACAUCAGCACUCUAGGUGUGGAUUUUAAAUUGAAAACAAUCAAACUAGGGCGAGAUAAGAUUCGUUUGGAGUUAUGGGAUACAGCUGGUAUGGAACGCUAUAGAACGAUAUACAAUUCAUAUUAUCAUUCGGCACAUGGAGUUAUGUGUGUAUAUGAUAUGACAAAUGAGAAAUCAUUUGAAAAUUUGGAAAAUUAUUGGUUAAAAGAGAUACGUCAAAAUGCUCCACCCAAUGCUGUAUUGAUGAUUGUGGGUAAUAAAGCGGACAUGGAUGAUGAGCGAAAGGUUGAUUUUGAUCGCGCUGAGAAAUUGGCAUCCAAACUUGGUGUCUCUCUCUAUGAAGUUUCGGCCAAAACAGGUAUCAAUUGUGAAGAAGCUUUUCAUACGUUAGCUUCAGCUAUGCGGGAUAGAGUAAGUGCUUCAAAUCUGCAUUCAGAUGAGUCAGACGAUCAACAGGAAUAUUCAUCAGCUUUUCAUGUAGAUGGAGUUAUAAUAUCAAAUAAGAAAUCCUCAUCACUAUCCUCUUGCUGUUCUCAGGGUCAGGAAGCUCCAACGUUUGUUUGA